AUUGUUACCCGGGGAGGACGUUAACACACGGCUCACGACGUCUUGGAGAGAGCUGUGACACUUGUUUAGGGAGUAUGGCUGCGGUUGAAUAAGGGAAGUCGGCGUUGUGUUUUGAUUUAUUUACCUUAUGAAGAGUUAUUUUUUCUGGUCAAAUGACUUUUGAGGACCCCGCAAGUUGUCGCUUCUCUAUAGCUUAUGGAGACUCCGAACUGACAGGACAUGUAACAAACCCGGAAUGUAACAAUUCCGCUCACUGGUUAGGUUGUUUGGGAGAAAGAAUUAGAUCCAGAGGAGCGCACGUAGUGCUUUAGAGGAUGAAAAAAUGCAGAUGUCUUUUUGCAUAUUACUUAUUCUCCUUAACAAUGUGGAAGUGGAAGGAUUGCGGUUCACCAAGAGCCCGGCCAAUCUCACGGUGACCCAGGGCAACAUGGCCCGCCUGGGCUGUGCCAUCGAAGGCCUCAUGAAUGAGCCCGACAUUGUGUGGAUGAAGGACGGGGAAAAGCUGUACAGCACAGACCAGAUGUACAUCACUCUGGAGGCCCAGCACUGGGAGACCUUCUUCAGUGUGAGAAGCGUGCAGCAGCAGGAUGCAGGAAAGUACUGGUGUGAGGUAGAGUUACACGGAAAAACCAUUUCGUCUGAACCGGCUUGGAUUACAGUCGAAGGUGUCCCUCACUUUGUGCUGGAGCCCCAGGAUGUUGCCACUUUCCCCGGGGUCAGUUUCAACCUCACCUGUGCCGCCAUGGGGCCCCCCGACCCUGUGGAGGUGCUGUGGUGGCUGGGAGGGGUGCAGGUGGGGGGUGCCAUGUCCUCCCCAUCCGUGCUGCACGUUCCUGGCAUCAAUGAGAGCAUCAAGUUUUACUGCGAGUCUAAGAACGCCAGGGGAAUCUCUGUGUCCCGCACAGGCACCGUGCAUAUCAAAGUGCUACCAGGAGUCCCUAAAGAUGUACAGGUGGUCCAGUCAUUGGAAAGUAACAUCACUCUAAUGUGGUCACCUGGAUUCACUGGUCACUCAGACCUGCUGAACUGCACCAUACAGAUGUCAAAGAUGUGUAAGGUCUCUGGGCGGAAGAUUGCUCUUCCGGAACGCCGCGUGCUGGUGCCGCCAUUCCAGGUGGUGAUUGGUGGACUCCAGUGGCACUCAAACUACAGUGUGCGAAUCCGCUGUGCCAAUGAAGUGGGACUCUCCCCCUUUUCAUCCUGGGUCAACUUUCAGACCCCUGAAUCAGUGCCCUUGGCUGCACCGAAGAACCUCACCUUUGACCUGUCGGAACAGCAGCUGACCUUGACCUGGGCAGCUCUGGAGGAAGAGGAACUUGGAGGGCAGCUUCAGGCCUACAAGGUGCAGUGGAGCCAGGGUGGAGACAGCCAGGAUGCAUUGCUGUAUAAGGAGAAUGUAGCCCACUUGUCAGGUGGGGGUCGCUUCUUCAACGCUACGUUCCAGGUAGCAGCGUGUACAGUGGUGGGAUGUGGGCCCUGGAGCCAGCCUGUGCUGGUUAUGCCUGCCUCAGCUCUGCAUGGACACACUGAACGAGGGCACAUGUGGGUGGGGUUGCUGAUCGGCCUCUUGGUGGCCACCAUGGUGGGCCUCCUCCUCACCGUGCUCGUCAAACGCAGGGGCAAGGAGACACAGUUUGGGUCUGUCUUCAAGCCACCAGGCACAGAGACCACAGUCACUUUCACAGCGGCUAGGUCUUUCAACAGGCAGUGUGCAGAGCUGCCAGAAUCCACCUUGGACAGCCUGGGAAUCAACGAGGACCUGAAGACCAAACUGCGAGAUGUUUUGAUUUCUGAAAGACUGUUAACACUGGGCCAUAUGCUUGGAAAAGGAGAGUUUGGGUCAGUGAGGGAGGCGUUUUUGAAGAUGGAGGACAGCACUGUUCAGAAGGUGGCGGUGAAAGUCCUCAAAACUGACAUCAGUUCUUCAAGUGACAUUGAACAGUGCCUUAAAGAAGCUGCCUAUAUGAAGGAUUUCCAUCACCCCAAUGUCAUCCAACUCAUAGGGGUGAGUCUGCAUCGCCGUCCCCAGCAACGCUUGCCCAUCCCCAUGGUGAUUCUUCCCUUUAUGAAGCACGGGGACCUGCACACGUUUCUUCUUAUGUCACGCCUAGGGGAUGAGCCGUUCACACUAUUGCUGCAAACGCUGAUCCAGUUCAUGUUGGAUAUUGCCCGGGGGAUGGAGUAUCUUAGCAGCAAAAACAUCAUCCACAGGGACCUGGCAGCUCGAAACUGCAUGCUAAAUGAAAACAUGACUGUGUGUGUGGCGGACUUUGGCCUGUCGAAGAAAAUCUACAGCGGUGACUACUACAGACAAGGCUCUGUGUCCAAGCUGCCCGUCAAGUGGAUUGCACUGGAAAGCUUAGCUGACAAUGUCUACACUACUCAGAGUGAUGUGUGGGCAUUUGGAGUGACCAUGUGGGAGAUUAUGGCCCGUGGACAAACCCCUUACCCUGGGGUAGAGAACUCUGAGAUCUAUGAGUACCUCAUCAAGGGAGAGAGGCUCAAGAAGCCUCCAGACUGCCGUGAUGACAUUUACGAGAUCAUGCACAGUUGCUGGAGCCCCGUGCCCAAGUGCCGUCCCAGCUUCCAGCAGCUGAUCGACCAGCUGGAAAGCCUGUGGGGUGGGCUCUCUCCAGCGCCCUGCAAGGAGCCGCAGCUCUAUGUCAACCUGGAGGGGGAAGACCUGGACGGGUGUGCGGAGCAGCCGGCCGGGGCCUCCUCGGGUCCAGAGCCUGGGGGUUCCUGGGGCGUGCCCUGGCAGUGCGUGGGCAUGGAGGAGGACGAAAAAGACUGGCUGAUGGUGUCAUCGGGGGCAGCACAGGCCAUUGGCGGAGACUACCGUUACAUUAUCGGUCCCGGAUGCGGGCUGGAUGAUGAGAGCAGGCCUCUGGAUGGACUCUCGGAGGACAUCAGGGACGAAGACGAUGAUGUGGUCAUUAAUGUUUGAUUGAUUUAAACAUGCUUGUUCAUCGUUGUUGCCUUCAUUUCCCUCGCCUUCAGUGAACACUUUAUACUCAUGUGGAAGGACUGAAGAGUGAUCACAUCCAACACACAGCUGUGAUUACAAAAGACUAUAUUGUUAGUAACUGACUUUUAAGGAAAUGCAGAAAAUGUGUUGGAAGAUUUUGAGGAUUUUAUAACAAAUGUUUCCUCCAUACUGAGAUGAGAUGAGAAAACUCACAAGCAACAAUCACACCACUGUUCAUACAGUGAAAUAAUGAUCUUACACAAAUUUCAAGUAGCAUUUUCAUAUGACUCAGUGUUUGUAAUUCAGGUUCAGUGUAAUUUUUAUAUGACCAGUAGACUGCCUAGAGGCACAUUUUAGAAGGGAUCACAAAUUCAGAUUAUUAAUGAUAUUGUAGCAGCACUUUUAAGAGACAGUGUCCCGCUGUUUGGAACAUUGGCGAGGCUGUCCAGCCAAACUUUCCUGGACCUUGGCAGCAUGCUAUGCAAUAUGCUGCCCUUUUUCAUUGGUGGAUAUGUGGCCAUGGGCAAGCAACUUUACAUGAGAAUACAUUUCUAACAUUCUGAUUACACAGUCAACAAUUAAUGUCACAACAAGGGACAUUUUAUAAUUUCCUAUAGUUUUAUAAUUUCUUAUGUUUAACCCAGUCUUAAUGACACACCUUUUUGAGAAAUCAUACAAUUGCAUGUUGAAAGUUUCCAGCUUAGAUGAAUUAGUUCAGAACUUAUAGCAUUCCAUGUAUUGGAUAUCAAGGGAAGUGUAAUACUUUUGUUUGUUUUUUCUGUAAUGUGUUACAUGUGAAAGGGCUUGAUGUUUAAGCAGGAAGAACGUUCAAAAUAGAGUUCAUGCCAGUUUUCAAGAUUGCAGGUCAUGCAAGAUUUCAGUUCUGUAUUCCGACCAGUUGUCUGGUACGAAGCUAUCCACUUGAAGUAAAGAAUUACUGCUGAUUUUUAUCAAUUAAUGUAAUGAUUUCUGGUUUCCAUUAAAGAUGAAUGGAAUCUUGCAGAACAUUAAGCUUUGUGUCUGUUAUAUUAUGAUAAUUCUGAGGUGACAAGGUAGCGGUUACAAGCUUAUGUUCUGCAAAAAUGUGUGCCCCAUUUAAUGACUUUCGAUGCCAUUUGAGUGAUGUUAGUAAUGUUGUCAUUCCAACAUUUUGAGCAAAGAGUGUCUUUUUUGUCUUUGUGCAUUCCAUAUAGUCAAACUCCCAUCUAGUAAAAGAUUGCACUCACUACAAUUGAAAACAAUGAUCAGAAACCAAUAAAUUCCAUUGCUGAGAUUGGACUCCCUCAAUAAAUCACCACUCAUUUAG